AGGUGACGGCUAUGAAUACUGACCCUUUAAUAAAAUUCCUGCCAUUUGAUGUCAGUAAAGUGCGGGCUCAAGAUGUUGUUGUGGUAUUGGCAGUUUUUGCAGCGGUGUUUUUGUUCAGAGCUCCUAAUGUUUGGGAGUUGAAGCCGUCUUGGCAACUUGGCAGCACUUCUGAGAGCCAUCAUAAGCCUGGUAAAAACCAGCUGUAAGUCAUACUGUUAUUGCUUAUAGUGAGAAUAGUUCCAGUCGUGAACUCAACCCAAAGUGUGCUACAUUUGCCACUAAUGGAUAUACAGCUUUUUUUCGAGAAAGGUUUGUCGGAAAAAGUGCACGUAUUAAUCCCAAAAUGUAUUGUGGGUGGUUUUGAGUUCACUGUUCUUCGAAGAAAGUUGAAAGAAUGGCACGAGAGACCAUGGACACAUGUUUGUGAGUGGUAAAGGAUAGCAAGAAAAGUAGGUUCGAAAGCUACAGUGUCAGGAACAGUGUAUAGAUCGUAUCCCAUAUUACCUCUUGGGAUUGGCGUGCGGUCAUUGUUUCCGACUUUCACUGUUUCUUUCUCGAAAUAGCUGUGUAUGUUACAGUUCACUCAACAUUCCCCUACACUAUAUCCCCGUCCCAAAAAAUAAUCCCUGCGCAAAAAAGUAAUUUAUUUUAUUACAAAUAGAUAUAUAAAGAAAUAAUCCACCCAAAAGUCACCAACACCACUGAUUUCCCCGCAAAAUGACAUCUGAGAGAUGAGUGCAGAAAUUCUAUACUGAUGUAGCCUGCAAGCAAGCUCUCCGGGGUGCUCUGGCGGCAGAACGGGAAAAGGGAGGAGGGCUUGCAACUACAUCUCUGGAAUUUGAAUUCUGCCUUCAAUUCCCCUGUGGCUCCCCAUCGACUGAGCUGUCAUGGAACCUUCUCUAGUGUCUGCAUGAUAAGGGUGUCUGGACAUUAAAUACCUGUUUCCCAGGGACUUAUCAAUGUACAUGUGUCCUGGUGUAAUAGAGGGUGUCUACGCACUAGAGAUGAUCUUAACACCCUCAGAGUUUGCUGUGUUCUUAUGUAAAUUUUCAGACCUGUUCCCCUUAUCACAGAUUUGGAUAGCGAUGGAAUUAAUGGUAAGGACUUUCAACUCAACUUUACCGUUUGAUUUUCAUGCUUUUCUUCUUAUUGACAGGUCUAAACUGGCGUUUGAAAUUUGCACCUUGUAGUUGUUUGUAUUUCACCUCUUUCAGUAAUAAGUAGGCCUUUUGCAAAAGUUGAUCACAUAAUCAACUUUCUGUAAACAUGGUUCGCUUAUUUUUUUUGUGUUUACAGAAAUUGAUCACAUGACUAACUAUUGAAAAUGGCCUAUUUUGAAAAUCUAAGCAUCUGGGUCCAGUUUUCCCAAAACAUGUGCUGUGGGGAAGAUCUUAAUUCAGGCUGAAAUCCACAGUUCAUUUGAAGUGCUAAUGGGCUAGAAAUAAAGUUCAUACUUAUCCACUGGAUAGCAAUUUAUCUGGUGAUAAUGCUAUCCACCAUUUGAACAACCAGAGCCAGGUAGAUAUUAUUUUGCAUCCUUAAAAUAUGUUUCGUGAACCAUUUUGGGCUAAAAGGAACAAUAAUAUUUCCAUGAUAACUCCAGUAUUGAGAAUUUCAGAUAAUUUGACGUACUGUCUAACUGCUUACUUUUAACUUCAAAAAAUAAUAAAUGUUUGUUUGUUUCUUUUCAUAACAGAAGUGAUUUCAGCGACCAAGGAUGGACGACUUCUAAUACACAUGCUUCCCCCACAGGAAGAUCAUGAACCAUCAUUCACUCUUCCUCAUCUUCAUAUGAAGGUACUGUCCCCAUUACUAAAAGUACUGAAAAAAAAAAAGAGAGACUACUGCAGUUAACUCUCUCAUAGCGACCACCUCCUGUAAGCAACACUUUGAAAAUGACCCUUCAGUUAAAUACUGUUUCUGCUAAUCAAAAACUCUCUUGUAUAAGCACCACUUCUUAAAGAUUUCUUAAACAACUGUGACAACUUUUUAGGCCAGAAAUGUGUUAUUUUCAUUUCUUUUCUGUUUCCGGUAAGUGACCACGCGGUAUGAGGCACAUAUGAUUGUAAGAAAACCAUUGCUUGAUUGUUACCAAAAUUCAGUUUUUUAGCUCUGCUAAUAACCAAGCAAUAUUGCAAGCAGUUUAAAGCAGUUGACUUACAAAAAAGAUGGCUGAAAAGCGCAUUUUCCACUUUGAUAGUGCAUACUGUUUAUAAUAAAAAAUUGUACAAAGUUUUACAGUUCCUAGCGCUAUUUGAUGUGAAACACUAAUUGCCAGUUGUCUAUUUGCCUAUUUUGAGCUUGCUAUUAAAACUGGAAACCACACCAAAUACAGAAAUAAGUGGACGUCCUUGUGCAUUUCUGAUAAUUAUGCUUGUGACUUCUCGGGUUAAUGGCUUCAAUAUGCAGUGCUCGACACUAACGCUAGUCCACUAGCCGGGGACUAGUAAAACUUUGGGCUGGGCUUGGCAAAAAUAAGCUUCUAAUAGCCCCUAACCCAGUUAGUUCAGUUGACAAAAUAGCAUUUCUAAAACUCUUUUACUUGAGAAGUUCCUUUUUCUACAACUUUUUAUCAGGAGUUUGUUUAAAUCUAUAGGUUAAGUAUUUAAAUGUAAACUAAGGAAGGGCUAGAAAUUGUGACUGAUAUGGUCGCCAAUGCAACUAACCUUUUCUCCUUGGCGACUAAAAAAUCGGGUUUAGUCGCCACUUUGGCGACCAGGUUUCUCAAUGAUUUAGAUUUAAAUUAAAAGAGUAAAGUUGAAACAAACAUUUCGUCUUAUCUUGCUUUGCUUUCAAUCUUAUAUCGCACCAUAUGUAUUACUAUGAUGCGAGCUGCGUCAUUUACAUUAUACAAACUGGCAACUAAAAAUUUGCAUCUGGCGACUAUAUUUCUACAGUUGGUCGCGUCAAGGCGACCUGAGGAUUUUUUUUUAUUUCGAGCCCUGUAAGGACUUGCUACUCAUAUCGUGGAGGUAUAAUAUGAUUGACUCGCUAAACGGAAGCCAUGUACAGCCCUGUACAUGUAGGGAGUGAAAUAGAGAUUACUGGUUCCUGACCCCCUGGUAUUUUUUUCUGUGCUUUUUUGGACCAGUGGCUUUAAUUUCCCUCAUGGGCUAGUGAUUAUUUCACUUACUAGCCCAUUGCCUAGUUUCCAAAGAAGUCAGUGUCAAGCCUAAUAUUUGCUUUAUUUAUUUUCAAUUGUCCUUUUGUUCUCCUUGUAUCAAUAUUGUAUGCGCCUUGGCCCUAUUUCCUUUUGAGUUACAUGGCUAACUUGUUUUAUUAUAGUAUGUACCUUAGUUGUUUUACUGUAACUUAUUUAUUUAAUAUUAAUUGUAAUAAAAAACUAAAGAAGGUAAAUUACAUGUAAUUAUGUUUGUCAGUUCAGUUUGAGCUCAUUUUUGUUAUUUUUCCAAGGGUGGUUGUUUACAAGAGAGUUGACUGUAUUUCUAACAUUUAGUGGACAGGUGUAAAUAAGUAAGCAAGAUCAUGUCUCCCCCCUCCCCCCCCCCCCCCCAAAUAACUAAUAAUGGUGGACAGUUAGCCUGCGUAGCAAGUGUUUCCGUUAGGUUUCGGAGCAAAGAAAGACCGAGGAAGGGGAUUUUCGGUUUUGACCGAGAGGGAAAUGAAACGAGAGCCAAAAAAUGAAAGAGGGGGAGGGGGAGGGGGAGGGGAAGGAAGGAAACGCUUGCAGACAAACCCCUCGAUUCUGAAAACCUGCGUGAACGCAGUGCCUGAUUGGCUCGGCUAGUCAAACAAUCUUGACAUGUGUCGAUCAAAGGUUUGUUUCAUACUGAGAGGUCAUGUAUGGUACGUGACACGCAUAUUAAUUUUCUGUGGUUGUUGUUUAUUCUGGUCGGCAAGAUUUGCCUUCCAAUGCCAGAGAAUUUUCUUUAACUUCUUCUCAAACGAUUAUUAUUCCCCAGUGUCUCCUGGAUCUGAAUAACUGAAAGCGAUUUUCUUUUGUCAGGGUAUGCGAUGGUUUCCUGCAAUGUUUUGUCAUGCUGAACCCAGCUCGUUAGUGUUUUUUUUUUUUCCGGGAUGUUAAAUUUUCCCGGAACGAUAGUGAUUUAUAGAUCCAAAUUUCAAAAAGUGGAUUGCACCUUGAACUGAAGUUGCAUCCACUAUGCAGGACUACAUUGUGACUCAAAAUACAAACAAAAAAUUAUUUUGGUUUCACACACGCGUCCUCUAGAGUUCAUUUCCACUCCACGGGAGGCCAAACAUUUUAUUGGUCAAUUAUGACAGCUGAUGACAGCAUCAAAAUAAUGUCGGUGCGCGAACUCAGGCAUGCCAGGCCAAGUGGGCGGUUUUCAAAAUCCCGGGGUUUGUCUGCAAGUGUUUCCUUCCUUUCUUCCCCACCCCCUCCCCGCUCUUUUACUUGCGCCACUUUUGUUGCAGUCAGUUUUACUCUCGUUCCUUGUUCUUUUCUCCUAAGCCACACAGAAACGCUUGCUAUACAGGCUAGUGGACAGUGUACUUUUCCAUUAAGGUAGGGCAAUUUGACUUUUGUUUAAUACAAUGUAUCUCUCUGUUUCUCAGAAAGAAGUGGUACUUCAUUCUAACUCCUCUCAAUCUGCUCUUCCUGUGGAUCUUGGAGCAGGAUGUGAUCACAGAAGACUUUCUUCUCUUGAUGUUUGUCGUCAGGUGAUGUAGAUAUGUCACAUGUCAAAAUUAUAUUCAGGUUUUUACUUAAUAUUUUUUAACCCAGGUUGAUUCUCUUGUCAUGUGCCCUAUCCCUAAUUCAUGAAUAAUCAGGCAUAGGAGACAAAGGAAGUAGAAAAUCAACCUACAAUCCUCUUCACAUUAGUUGGGACAGUAGUGAUUUUUCUGCCCUCUCAAUGUUGGUGUUUGUGAGUUGGCAUCACAGGAGCAAAAUAUUCAACACUGGGAGGAAAGGAGCACAACUUUUUGUCAGAAUGUGGUUACUGCAUGGGGUGUUUCAAUUUAAUGUGAUGAGGAUUGUAGGUUAAAAUAUUUUAACCUGAAUAUAAUUUGACCUUUAACAGAUACAUGUACUCAGUCCUCAGACUUGUAUAUGGAUCAACCUCCAGAUACAUGUACUCAGACUUCAGACUUGUAUUUAGAUCAAACUCCAGAAACUACAAUGUGAAUAAAGACCUCCAGUUAAAAAGAAUAAAAACUGCCUAAGAGGUCUGUUUAUGAUGCAGUUAAUUUAAUCCUUGAUUCAAAUUUUGCUUUCUGUUGUUUCAAACUUACAUAUGUGAUAACAUACCCGAAAACAACUGUUGAUAAGUGCGGCAUCUGUCUGCAGAUUAUAGUCGUUGUGACGGAUGAUGGAGUGGCACAUUGUUUCACAGACCAGCUGGAGCAGCUAUGGAUGACUGUUGUUUUCAAAGAUGAUAGAGAAUUACAAUCAAUAUAUUUUAGGUAGGUAGCCAAGCGUGCCCAGUUCGUUCAGUUCUAUCUGAAUGUUCAUACCAUCUUUUCUCUUGAAGCCCUCUUGGGGGCGAGGGGGGGGUGGGGGGGAGGGGGGAGGAUGAGGGGAAUGUAUUUCCCUAGUCUGAAAAUCAGAUACAGUCGUUUCGUGUUUUGAAAAAAUGGGCCAUUUCUUUGUUGCUAUUCUUUAUGUCGCUUGUUGCCAGGUCAUUAAGGCCUUGUCACUUGUCGGAAUUUGACCGUAACAGGUCCUCUAUCUUAGUGUGUCCAUCCCAACCUCGUCCCAAGGGUGCUUUUCCCUGACUUUUGAAGCGCCCUGGGGACCAGGUUGUGUCCAUCCUAAAGACAGACAAAGAAAAUUGACUGAAGAAUGGCAGCAACUCUUUCCAGGUGUCAUUUAUAGAAAUGUCCAUCAGGAGGGAUGGACAAUCAUUAUUGUUACAGUAUUAUUUUAUUUCUAUUUUCCUGCCUUCUAAUUUUUUUGUUUCAUGAGAGAUUACAUGUAGUAUCAAAGAUACAAACCUGCUAUCCUCUUUGUUCGGAACUACGUUCACCCGGACGAUUCAUACUCAACCUACUUAUGAAAUGACUCCUAGGUUCAUACCCUUCACGGUAUUUUUAUUGCCAGCCUUUGCUUGGGUAAAGCUGUGUCCAAAGCCUUGACAUACUUUGCUAGAAUAUUGAUACCUUAAUAAAUUAUUUGUAUUUUGUUGUUUUAAUUUGUAGCGAGAUAGCUGUAAGAAUUGUACCAUACUCACCUGACCAUGGCCUGGUUUUGAUUGGAGCGAAAGUGGCUAAAGGAGACCCACUCAAAGAUCGUCAUUUAGAGUAACUACUGUACUAAUGAUAAUUAUAGAGCCUCUAUGCGUACCUGCGGACUUCGUUGCGUUCGCCCGUCGUCGAUUUUCCACCAAAUCGUCGCGUAACAAGAAUUGUUUUGCGUAGCCUGUUCCAGGCUCUCAGAUAGUAGGAUGACGCGUAAGUCAAAGGUACGCGAAAAUAUGAGCGCUUGACCUUGUCUCUUCUCGUUGGGUUGGGGCUGAGGGAAGGGACUGCGCCCGAGUUCAAACAGAGAUGGUUGAAUUUAUCGCCUUGCCUUUCCCGUUCCACAGUAAACUUAUAAUUUGGUCAUUUCACGUCGUAGUCGCGCAGUGACGGCAAAGCAAUGUACAAAAAAGCGUGAUGCACUUGCAGAGUUGUUGUUUUGCUCCCUAAACCUAUCGCAUUUUGACGUUCCCGUUGCCGUCGCCGUCGUGGUUUCGUAAGAGGGAGCUUAAGCAACGACGACGACGACGGCAACGAGAACGGCAAAAAAGACAUAAGUUUAGACUAGCAAAACAACAACUUUGCACGUGCAUCAUGCUUUUUUGUACAUUCCAUUGCCGUCAUUGCGCGACUACGACGUGAAAAUACCUAAUUUCACGUUUUGUGGAGGAGGUGAACACAAAGCGACGACUUUCUUUUCCCUUUUCUGAACUUCGAUACAGUUUUUAUUAGAAUUCAACUCCAGAAAAAAUUGCCAACAUUUGACGAAUUGAACGAGAUGGAAUAGGCGCGAUAAAGUUUGAGGCGGCGCGACGUCUUUAUUUUAUAAGCGACGUUUUCAUAGCCGUCGCGGUCGUUGUUGCUUAAGCUCCCUUUACAACGACCGCGACGGCUAUGAAAAAAAGUGAAUUCGCGCUACUUCAAACUUUAUCGCGCUUAUUCCAACUCGUUCAAUUCGUCAUGGUCGGCAAAUUUUUCUGGAGUUGAAAUCUUCAAGAUCAAAGUUAGGGAAAAGAAAAAGAAAGUCGUUGUCUUGAGUUCACGUCCUUGACACAACGUGAAAUUAGGCAAAUCUCACGCUGUAGUCGUGUAGUGACGGCAAAGAAAUGUUCAAAAAAGAGUGAUGCACGUGCAGAGUUGUUGCUUUGCCAAUCCAAACCUAUUAAUCUUUUGCCGUUCUCGUUGCCGUCGCCGUCGUCGUUGCUUAAGCUCCCUAAUUUUAGCAAUUGUCGCGACAUCGAUUUCGUCCGAAAAACCCAGGUAGAGUCUCAUUGCACGUUUUUGCUUUAAUAGUAUUUAAAUUUAAAAUGACCUAUUAUGGCUCUUGCCUUCUCUUAA